UUCCGCUUUCUCCAGCUGGAGGGAGGCAGUUCAAGUUCAAAGUCGGUGAGGCUCUUCAGCAUCCCGUCCCCGGCCACCAUCUGCGACAAACACCAACGCGCUCGACCGGGGCCCCGGUGAACCCUUUUUUUUUUGUUGGGGGACGAGAGAACCACGAGCAGAGCAGACUGACUCUUUUGUUUUUCCCGGAGCCCGUCAUCGCUAUCGAGGCGGGACUCGCUCUCCGCCCCCGAUGAACUCGUCAGGCAAAGCUCAAUUCGGAGGCGCGCCAUCGGCAUCCAUACCAGCUCCCUCCCACCCAGGACGAGCGAGCCGCCAAGAGAGAGCUUCCACCGGACGCUAAAAAAACAAACAGGCGGCAAGCGGCCCGCCGCAGCCCAGAGCUCACCCACACCGAAGCUCGGUGAGCCAGCUCAGCUCAUGAGCUCCCCAACCGCCCCCAUGAGCCAUCAAGGCGGCCAUCAUGCCGACCCGGCGUCAUCUCCCGUCACCCAGCGGCGGACGCUACAGCAGCCCCACGGAGAAGCAGAGCCGAUGCGUCGCGAGGCUGCGGAUCGGUCUAGUCCUCCUCAUCCUCCUCCACCGCCGUGCUCCUGCGACAAGCGCCGCGAUGCCUUGAGCCCCCCGACGACCACGAUGAGCGACCAACGUCGCCGCCGCGGCGACGCCUGCAGCAGCAGCAACAGCAACGGCAGCAGCUGGGACAAUAGCCCGUCGCACAGUCGGAACAGCUCCUUUGGCCAGCACAGCCGCCGCGGCAGCGACAUGAAAGCGUAUGUAGCGGGAUACCGCGACGCCGAGGCCGGCGGCGUCACCACGCCGUCACCGCAGCCGCCGGCGUUUCUCUCCAGCCCCAGCGUCGCCUCGAGCCUCGCCUAUUCGACCCCGGUGCUCGGCGGCUUCAGCCCGCUGCGGCGCGAGCUCUCGCGCACGACGACACUCCACGAUGACGUCGACAUGGAUCAGCAGCAGCAGCAGCAGCCACAGUCGCCCGCGCGCCUCUCGAGGCAGGACCUCGCCAAGCGGCUUAGCCAGCUCGCCCAGCGCCUCAGCUACGACGACGACGGCGGCACAGACAGCCACGUUGACGAGAUGAUGCUCCACGGCCAGCUCGACCAGCUCGAGAAGGCCUUUCUCUCCCACUCGCCACAAAAGCACCAUCAUCAUCAUCAGCAGCAGCAGCAGCAGCAGCGCAGCGUGAGUGCAUUUGAGAUGCACAGCCCUCCGCGCCGCAGCAUCGACUACGUCGAGUCCGGGUCCGGGUCCGGGUCCGGGUCCGCCCUCACGUCGCCCGCCUCGUCGCUCUUCCGCUCCCGCUUCUCAGACCUGUCGGCCUCGCUGCAGCUGCAGCGGGAGCGCGAGGCGCAGGCGCAGCAGGCGCUCGAGCCCCCGCCCAGGCUGGGCAUGACCGUGCCAGAGGCCAACAAGGUCAUCGCCGAGAUGGGCAAGCUCAACGACGAGCUCUCGACGGUCGUGAGCAACCUCCGCGCCCGCCAGGAGGAGUCUGAUCACAUCCACAGCCUCCUCAUCGAACGCGCCGAGCGCGCCGCCCAGCGCAUCAUCUUUUUGCAGCGCCGCAUCGCCUACCUAGAAGAGGAGCUCCAGGAAAACGACGACGAGCUGCAGCACCUCCGUAUUUGCCUCAAGGCCGUCGAGAUCCAACUUCCCCCGCACCCGGACGCCGAGCUGCUGCGCUGCAUCGCCACCUUCAAGCACGACUACCAGGCGCUCAAGAACAAGCGCGCCAACAGCCACCUCCACGACCUGGGGGCAGGCAGCGGCAGCGGCAGCGGCAGCGACGACGACGGCACGAGUUACGCCUCUCCCUGAAGCCCGACCGUUCUCUUCGGCCCUUUUGUCUCUCUCACCCGCACCUUUCCGGUUUGACCUCUAUUUCUCGCACCCCCUUGUCCCGCGGGCGUCACGUUCCGACACCGCCAUUUCGUCACCGCUCCUGCCUACCGACAUAAUCUGCCCUCUUAGGGAAAAAACGAAAGCACUUUUUAUGAGCCUCAUGGACUUAUGCGCCCAUGCCAUAAUACGAUUUCUCCGUCUGUCCGUCCUUCGUCAUUUAGCGUCACCGUCACGACAUUACGUUCCCGUCGCACACCUCGCAUCAUCCAUCAUCGUUGCUGUCUUGUCACCGUCCUCCCCUCCUUACGCCCCAGAGUAAAAGGGAGGGAGGGAUGGAGGACCCUGCACAUACGCACCGCCCAAAAUUGGGCUUGUCAUUCACACACAGACACACACACACACAUGUGGGUAUACAUCCAUAUACCCCGUCAAGCAACCAGCUAGCCAGACUGUAUGACCUUUUCUCUCUCUCCCUCCCUCUCUCUCUCUCUCUCUCUUGACUUCCCCUCCACCGUUGCUGUUUUUGUUUGCUUCGAUUCUGUAUCCAGCAUAGCAAGCGGGUGGCCGAAAGUUCUUUUUUCUUUGGCGACAGCAAACUGAGGGGGCUCGGCGGGCGAGCGGGCGAGCUCGCUAUUGUCGCCCCCCCUUCUCUUCCCCGUCCCCCGGUGUACGCGAUACGCUUCAAAUCCAGGAUAGCUUUGGUGGUGGUUGCGGCUGUGGUAGUAAUAGGAGUGGCUGCCUGUUGGGCAGCUCUUGGAAAAGAAUGAAUGAAUAUAAAUGAACACUCGCCUAUACCGCCUUCCAUUUGGUGGGAGUGAGUAAGGUACGCAGUGGGA